AUGGCCGACGCCAAUUCACCCCUGGAAGAGAGGCUGGGCGAGCUGGAGAAGGAGCUUCAGGAGGGCGAUAUUACUGAGAAAGGGUACCAAAAGCGACGGACCCAGCUCCUCUCCCAAUACGGCUUCGGCGGGUUUGGCGCCUCUCCAGAGCCCAGAGCAGGCGGCCUUAGAAUCCACUCGCCCGACAGCUCGUCACACCCAUCCAACGAUGGCCAUCGCGCAGCAUCGCUGGCUGCCCUCAAUGCCAACUCGCCGAGCCCCCGGUCGUUAGAAUCGGCCGUCUCGCCCGCCGACUUGAGGUCCCAGUCCCCCCCCUACGGCCGUCCUGAUGCGCACCCUGCUGCGUCGCUGCUCGCCCCUGGCGGCCCCCUCGCAGAGCACCGUCCGGCCCUGCACCAGCACGACUCUCUCUUCCUCGCUCCGGCCCCCGCCAACGAAGCCUCGACGCGCUCGGGAACUAUGGUCUCGGGCGACUACGCCUUCAACCCCGACCAACACGCUCUCGGCUACGACGAAAGGGCGCAGAGCCCAUACGGGAGCCGGGCCGGGACCAUGCUCGACUCUCAGGCCUACUUCUCCGAUUUCGCUGGUCAGCAGGCCUACGACCAUACGGCCUCUAGCGACUAUGGCGGGCUCCACCGGUACUCGUCGGGCGACGCCUUCUCGCCCACUGCUGCCAUGGCGCCGCCAAUGCUCACGGCCAGCGACCUACCGCCGCCCGCCGCACUCGAGUACCAGAUGCCGCUCGAGCCGCGAGAAGUGCCCUUUGCUAUACACGACCCCCACGACUCCGACACGCCCAUGUCGAAUUUCGAUAACAUCGCCGCAGUCCUGAGACACCGUGGCCGCACCACGGCCAAGCUCCCUGCCUACUGGGUUCUCGACAGCAAGGGGAAGGAGAUUGCGUCCAUUACGUGGGACAAGCUGGCAUCGAGGGCCGAGAAGGUGGCGCAGGUGAUCCGUGACAAGAGCUCCUUGUACCGGGGCGACCGCGUCGCCCUCAUUUACCGCGACGCCGAGGUCAUCGACUUUGCCAUAGCCUUGCUAGGCUGCUUUAUCGCCGGCGUCGUCGCAGUCCCCAUCAAUGACAUGCAGGACUACCAGAAACUGAACCUGAUCCUCACGUCGACGCAGGCCCACCUGGCAUUGACCACUGACAACAAUCUCAAGGCCUUCCAGCGCGACAUCACCACCCAGAAGCUUAACUGGCCCAAGGGCGUCGAGUGGUGGAAGACGAACGAGUUUGGCAGCUAUCAUCCCAAGCGCAAGGAUGAUGUCCCGCCGCUCUCGGUGCCGGAUCUUGCAUACAUCGAGUUCUCGCGAGCCCCCACGGGCGAUCUGAGAGGCGUCGUUCUGAGCCAUCGCACCAUAAUGCACCAAAUGGCCUGUCUCAGCGCCGUGGUUUCCACCGUCCCCGGGAAUGGGCCCGCGGAUACCUUUAGCACCACAUUGCGCGACAAGAACGGCCGGCUGAUAGGAGGUAGCGCCAGUAGUGAAAUUCUGCUCUCGUAUCUGGACCCCCGGCAAGGCAUUGGCAUGAUCCUCGGCGUCUUGCUGACAGUCUACGGAGGUCACACGACGGUCUGGCUCGAGAACAAGGCUGCCGAGGUCCCAGGCCUCUACGCACACCUCAUCACCAAGUACAAGCCCACGCUGAUGGUCGCCGACUAUCCCGGCCUGAAGCGGGCUGCAUAUAACUAUCAGGCGGACCCGAUGACGACGAGAAACUUCAAAAAGGGCACCGAGCCAAACUUUCAAACGGUCAAACUGUGCCUGAUUGACACGCUAACCGUCGACAGCGACUUCAACGAGCUGCUGGCAGACCGCUGGUUUCGCCCGCUCCGCAACACGCGGGCAAGAGAGAUUGUCGCGCCUAUGCUGUGCCUCCCCGAGCACGGAGGCAUGCUCAUCAGUAUCCGCGACUGGCUGGGUGGCGAGGAACGCAUGGGAUGUCCUCUGAAGCUUGACAUGGGAUCGGACGCCGACUCUGAUGAUGAAAAGGACAAGGAGAGGGAGAGGGAGAAGGAAAAGGAGAAGGAGAAGGAGAAAGAAGAGAAGCCAACGCUGUCCAAUGGCUUCGGGAGCCUCCUCGGAGGAGGGACGACUACCGCAACAGAGCAGCGCGCUAAGACCGAGCUGAGCGAAGUCCUCCUCGACAGAGAGGCUCUCAAGACCAACGAGGUGGUGGUGGUGGCCAUUGGCGACGAGGCGAGGAAGAAGGCCUCGAACGAACCCGGGACCGUCCGCGUAGGAGCAUUUGGUUAUCCAAUUCCCGAUGCUACUCUUGCUGUCGUCGAUCCCGAGACCGGGCUCUUGGCGUCACCGCACACCGUGGGCGAGAUCUGGGUCGACUCUCCUUCGCUCUCUGGCGGCUUUUGGGCGCUCCCCAAGCACACAGAGCAGAUAUUCCACGCUCGGCCCUACAAGUUCGACCCCGGAGAGCCUACGCCGACGCCGAUCGAGCCAGAGUUCCUGCGGACCGGGCUCCUAGGCACCAUCAUAGAGGGCAAGAUCUUUGUCCUCGGGCUGUAUGAAGACCGCAUCAGGCAGAAGGUGGAGUGGGUAGAGCACGGCGCCGAGCUUGCCGAGCAUCGGUACUUUUUCGUGCAGCAUAUUGUUGUCAGCAUCAUGAAAAACGUGCCCAAGAUCUUUGACUGCUCGGCGUUUGACGUCUAUGUUAAUGAGGAGCACUUGCCGAUCGUGGUGCUAGAAUCACAGGCGGCGUCUACGGCCCCGGCUGCCAACGGCGGGCAACCUCGGCAACUGGACACAGCCUUGCUCGACUCGCUCGCCGAGAGGUGUAUGGACGUGCUCAUGCAGGAGCACAACCUCCGCGUCUACUGCACCAUGAUCACGGCUCCCAAUGCGCUGCCGCGGGUGCUGAAGAACGGUCGCCGAGAGAUUGGCAAUAUGCUGUGCAGGAGGGAGUUCGACUUGGGGAACCUGCCGUGCGUUCACGUCAAGUUCGCAGUUGAACAUGCCGUCCUCAACCUGCCUGUUGGCAUCGACCCGGUCGGCGGCAUCUGGUCCCCGAUGGCGUCCAACUCUCGCGAAGACAUCCUCGCGCCGUCCGACAAGCAAUACUCGGGCAUUGAUCGGAGAGAGGUGGUGAUAGACGACAGGACAUCAACGCCACUAAAUAACUUUUCGAGCAUCACGGACCUCAUCCAGUGGCGGGUGGCCAGACAGCCAGAGGAACUUGCGUUGUGCACUAUUGACGGCCGGGGCAAGGAGGGCAAGGGUGUUACGUGGAAAAAGUUCGACAUGAAGGUUGCAGCUGUCGCGGUUUAUCUGAAGAAUAAGGUCAAGAUCCGGCCCGGCGACCAUAUCGUGCUCAUGUAUACGCACUCGGAAGAAUUUGUCUUCGCCGUGCAUGCCUGCAUAAACCUCGGCGCCGUUGUGAUACCGGUUGCCCCCCUAGACCAGAACCGCUUGGCCGAGGAUGUUCCUGCGUUUCUCCAUCUGCUGGGCGACUACGGAGUGAGAGCCGUCUUGGUCAACCAGGACGUGGACCACUUGCUGAAGAUGAAGCCCGUCGCGCAACACCUCAAGCAGACUGCCAACAUCACCAAGCUGUCGGUCCCCAACGUCUACAACACUAGUAAGCCGCCAAAACAAAACAGUGGCUUGCGAGACUUGGGCAUCACGAUGGACCCGGCGUGGGUGCAGCCGGGCUAUCCGGUCUUGAUAUGGACCUACUGGACGCCUGACCAGCGCCGCCUCGCCGUCCAGAUUGGACACGACACGAUACUGGGCAUGUGCAAAGUCCAGAAAGAGACGUGCCAAAUGACCAGCUCCCGGCCCGUCCUUGGUUGCGUAAGGAGCACCACCGGCUUGGGAUUUCUCCACACGUGUCUCAUGGGCAUCUAUAUCGGCACGCCCACCUAUCUCUUGUCGCCAGUCGAGUUUGCACAGAAUCCCAUCUCGCUGUUCUUGAUCUUGUCGAGAUACAAGAUCAAGGACACGUACGCCACGCCGCAGAUGCUCGAUCACGCCAUGGGGAUGAUGCCCGGAAAGGGCUUCGCCCUGCACGAACUGAAGAACAUGAUGAUUUCAGCCGAAGUGCGUCCUCGCGUCGACGUCUUCCAAAAGGUUCGCCUGCACUUUGCAGCCACCGGCCUUGACCGGACCGCCAUCAACACGGUGUACUCCCACGUCCUCAACCCCAUGAUCGCCUCGCGGUCGUACAUGUGCAUCGAGCCCAUCGAGCUGUGGCUUGAUACCAAGGCCCUACGGCGGGGGCUGGUGUACCCAACAGAUCCGGAGCGCGAUCCUAAGGCGCUGCUCGUCCAGGACUCGGGCAUGGUUCCCGUCUCAACCCAAAUCGCCAUUGUCAACCCGGAAAGCCGGAGGCUGUGCAGCGAUGGCGAAUACGGAGAGAUCUGGGUAGACUCGGAGGCCUGCGUCAAGGGCUUUUAUGGCUCGAAGGAUGCAUUUGACGCAGAACGCUUUGAUGGUCGGACGAUUGAAGACCCCAGCAUCCGCUACGUCCGCACCGGAGACCUAGGCUUCCUGCACAGCGUCCGGAGACCGAUAGGCCCUGGCGGGGCGCUCGUCGACAUGCAGGUCCUCUUCGUCCUCGGCAGUAUUGGCGAGACGUUUGAGAUUAAUGGCUUGAGCCACUUCCCCAUGGACAUUGAAUAUUCGGUUGAGCGAUGCCAUCGCAACGUUGUACCAGGCGGUUGCGCCGUCUUCCAAGCAGGCGGCCUCGUUGUCGUUCUUGUCGAGGUGGCGAGGAAAUCCUACCUCGCGUCCAUCGUGCCCGUCAUUGUCAACGCCAUCUUGAACGAGCACCAGAUCAUUGCCGAUAUCGUUGCUUUCGUCGCCAAGGGAGACUUCCCGCGCAGCCGCCUCGGCGAGAAGCAGCGCGGCAAGAUUCUAGCGGGCUGGGUCAGCCGCAAGAUGAAAACCAUGGCCCAGUUCGCCAUCAAGGACAUGGACGCGUUGCUAGGACCGCCCGGAACCGUCGGGCCGAGCGAGCCGGCCAGCAGCAUCCUGGGAGUGCCCGACGCGGCCGGCGACCACCGCAUCAGCAUGGGCAGCUUCCGCAGCUCGAGCGGCGGCCCGGCGCCCGGCGGCAGUAGCCUCCGCAAUGUCGAGGCGGCCCCCCAGAUCCUAGAACAGAUCGAGCUCGAACAACAGGUCCUCGAAAGCCUAGCUGCGCUCCCUCCCAAUGCGACCGCGCGCCCCGCUGGCCCUGUCGAGAUGGCUGCCGACGAGCGCGGGUUUGUCGACAACGACCAGACGCCUACCAAGACGACGCGUGACGAGCAGUACCGCCGCAGCCAGGGCGGCGCCAGUGCUGCUCCCCUGCCGCACGGUUACGACCUGCCCGACUUUGGCCGUUUCGGUCUUUCGGACGACAAUGAUGCGGAUGCCGACAGCGAGAACCCGCCGCUGCUGCCAUCUGCAGUUGGCCCUGACGAGCCAAGGAGCGGCGGCGGCGGAGCAGGGGGAGUUUGGGGAGGGAGUGCUUCAGGAUACAGCGCCGUCGCGGCGCCACCUCCGCCGCCGCCGCAGAUAAGAUUGCCCGGCGUCGACGGGCGCGAGGCGUUUGACGAUUGGACGCCACGCCCCAGGCUGGGGGCAAGUGGCCCGGGAGGCGAGGAUGAUGACGAUUGGACGAGAGACGCUCGGAUGUCGAUGAACUUGGCCGGGACCCUGGGCAAAUAA